AAAGCAAAAAAUUCUACAGAAUUGAAACAAAAUGCGCUCACUCCUCGCAAUUCUCUUACUUUUGGCACUUUUCUUCCAAACUACUGAAGCAGUAAAGUCCCCUGCAAGACACUUUCAGCCAAAGUAUUUUCGCUAUCGUCGUUGGGAUCCAACUCAUGAUUUCUAUGAUGACUAUGAGUUCACUCGCGAGAUUCGUCGUCCCUUCCAUCCAAUGGCAUAUCGGCAACGUCUUCAACGCUAGCCGCAUCUUUCUAAUUUUCUGUUAAAAUGAAAACAAUAAAAUAUUGUUAUUUU